CUAUCAAAUAAAAAAAAGUACAGAAGAAAACAAGGGUUACUAGCGCACCAUUUAUCGCACGCCGAAAAGAAGGGAAAACACUUGCUUACCCUGUGAACCAACCCAAGACUGAGAGAGCUAGAGUGGGAAGGAUAUGGGAGAUGUUUCCGACCACGCCGCAGGGGAUCGGAAGGUCCCCAAGCUUCCAAUCGAAGGCAAGCGGAACAUCCUCAUCACCAGCGCCUUGCCUUACGUCAACAACGUCCCUCACCUCGGCAACAUCAUCGGCUGUGUGCUGAGUGCUGAUGUGUUUGCACGGUACUGCCGGCUUCGCGGCUACAAUGCAAUAUACAUGUGCGGAACAGAUGAGUACGGGACGGCCACAGAGACUAAAGCCAUGGAAGAGAAUAGCACCCCAAAGGAGAUUUGUGACAAAUACUAUGCUAUACAUAAGGAAGUCUAUGAGUGGUUCAAUAUAAGUUUUGAUAAAUUUGGACGUACUUCAACCCCACAGCAAACUGAGGUUUGCCAAGCAAUUUUUAAGAAACUGUUGGAGAACAAUUGGCUUUCGGAGAACACAAUGCAGCAGCUUUACUGUGACACAUGCAAAAGGUUCUUAGCUGACCGGCUUGUGGAGGGUACCUGCCCGAAAGAGGGGUGUGAUUACAAGUCUGCACGAGGAGAUCAAUGUGAAAAGUGCAGUAAGCUUUUGAAUCCGACAGAAUUAAAAGACCCGCGGUGCAAGGUUUGUCAGAAAACACCACGCAUUCGUGACACAAAUCACUUGUUUCUUGAACUCCCUUUGCUGAAGGACAGAUUGGAAGAGUAUAUCAACAAAAUGUCGGUGGCUGGAUCUUGGAGCCAGAAUGCCAUUCAAGCAACAUAUGCAUGGCUUAAAGAAGGCCUGAAAUCACGAUGUAUUACCAGGGAUCUUAAGUGGGGGGUUCCUGUUCCACAUGAGAGAUAUAGUGAUAAGGUUUUCUAUGUCUGGUUCGAUGCACCUAUUGGAUAUGUCUCAAUCACUUCUUGCUACACGCCUGAGUGGGAGAAGUGGUGGAAGAAUCCUGAAAAUGUGGAGCUGUAUCAGUUUAUGGGCAAGGACAAUGUGCCGUUUCACACCGUGAUGUUUCCAUCAACACUUCUUGGAACUGAAGAAAACUGGACUUUAAUGAAGACCAUCAGUGUCACUGAAUACUUGAAUUAUGAAGCAGGAAAAUUUUCUAAGAGUAAAGGUAUUGGAGUUUUUGGCAAUGAUGCAAAAGAUACAAACAUUCCUGUAGAAGUAUGGAGAUAUUACUUGCUGAAUAAUAGGCCUGAGGUAUCCGACACAUUAUUUACAUGGGCUGACUUGCAAGCAAAACUGAAUAGCGAGUUGCUAAAUAACUUGGGAAACUUUAUAAAUCGAGUUUUGAGUUUCAUUGCUAAACCUCCAGGUCAAGGAUAUGGUUCUGUUAUCCCUAAGCCUUCAGAUUCUGAUCCAGAUCCGUUAACACAUGAACCUACUAAGAAAUUGGUUGGUAGCAUAGUUGAGUGUGUGGAGCAAUAUGUUGAGGCCAUGGAGAAGGUUAAACUAAAGCAAGGACUGAAAACUGCAAUGAGCAUUUCUAAUGAGGGGAAUGGAUAUCUGCAAGAAAGCCAAUUUUGGAAGCUUUACAAGGAUGACCAACCUUCCUGCUCUCUUGUUAUAAGAACUUCAGCGGGGCUAGUAUAUCUUCUUGCAUGUUUGUUAGAACCUUUUAUGCCAUCUUUUUCUCUCGAGGUACUUAAGCAGCUCAAUUUUCCUCCUGAAACUCCUUUUUCACUUGAAAAAGGAGAUAUUGAUAGGGCAAGCAGACCUUGGGAUAUCCUGCCUGCAGGUCACAAAAUUGGGACACCAGAGCCAUUGUUUAAGGAAUUGAAAGAUGAAGAAGUAGAAUUCUUCAGGACGAAGUUUGCAGGAAGUCAAGCUGAUAGGAUUGUGAGGGCAGAAGCUGAAGCAGAGAAGAUGGCUGAGCAACUGAAGAAAACAAAAGUUUCAGAGAGCAGUGGCAAAAAGCAACAGAACAAGAAACCCACAUCUGAAGCCAAAGCUAGGGCCUCAGCUGAGCCAGAAAUUUCCAUUGCAAGACUUGACAUCCGUGUUGGCCUUAUUACAAGUGCUCAGAAGCAUCCUGAUGCUGAUUCACUAUACGUGGAAGAGAUUGAUGUUGGUGAAGGACAGACCCGUACUGUUGUUAGUGGACUCGUCAAGUAUAUACCUCUUGAAGAGAUGCAGAAUCGGAAGGUGUGUGUUCUUUGCAACCUGAAGCCAGCUACCAUGCGAGGUAUAAAAUCACAAGCAAUGGUUCUUGCUGCAUCCAACAGUGACCACACCAAGGUUGAGUUGGUCGAGCCACCUAAAUCUGCUCAAGUUGGAGAAAGAGUUACAAUACCGGGGUUUGAUGGUGAGCCUGAUGAUGUCUUAAACCCUAAAAAGAAGGUUUGGGAAACAUUGCAAGUGGAUCUGCAUACGAACACAGAACUAGUGGCCUGCUACAAAGAUAUUCCUUUCACCACAUCAGCUGGUGUUUGCACAGUUUCAUCCAUUACCGGUGGGUCUAUUAGGUAGGUAGAUCUC